AAUACAAUGCAUGCUUCAAAAAAGAAGAAGAGAAUUACAGAUUGUUUCCCGCGUUAUUUGUGUAUUCUCAGGUGUUAAAGACGGUUUAUAAGAAUAUUAACAUAAAAGUGUAUUUAAAUUGUUUAUACAUAUAACAGCCUUUAUAGGAUUAUUAAAAUGGAUAGAAGAGACUACGAUGCAGAUAAGGAGCAGCUCAAAAUUUUCUUGUUAGAAUAUUGCGUACAAGAUAACUCUGGUAACAAAUAUUUUAAAUAUUCCAAUCAACUAACUAAGUUAGCACAUCGAGAACAAGUCGGUAUGUGGAUAGAACUUGAUGAUAUAAGUGAGUUUAAUGAUGAUUUGGCCAAAGCUAUUCAAGAAAAUACCAGAAGGUACAAUGUUAUGAUGAGUGACAUUGUGUUUGAACUUUUACCUACAUUUGUACAGAAAGAUGUAGUUGCCAAAGAUGCUUUAGAUGUUUACAUUGAACAUCGUUUAAUGAUGGAAAAUAGAUUACAACAACCCAAUGAACAUCGAGAGGCAAGAAAUAAGUUCCCGCCGGAAUUAAUACGUCGUUAUGAAAUUUAUUUUCAAAAUCUUAGUACAAGUAAGACAGUGCCUAUAAGAGAAAUCAAAGCUGAACAUGUGGGUCAUUUAGUUACUGUUCGAGGUAUUGUAACCAGGUGUACGGAAGUAAAACCUAUGAUGUGUGUGGCCACAUAUACGUGUGAUAAAUGUGGAGCCGAGACUUAUCAACCUAUAAAUGCUUUAAGUUUUAUGCCUGCAGAUAUGUGUCAAAGUGCAGAUUGUAAAACCAAUAGAUCCGGUGGUCGAUUAUACCUACAAACAAGGGGAUCAAAGUUUAUUAAGUUUCAAGAAGUAAAAAUCCAAGAACACAGUGAUCAAGUACCAGUGGGCCACAUUCCACGUACCUUAACAAUCUUUUGUAGGGGCGAAGUAACAAGGCAAGCUCUACCUGGGGAUCAUGUUGCAGUUACCGGUAUAUUUUUACCACUUAUAAAACAAGGAUUCAGACAAAUAAUGGGCGGACUUUUAUCAGAAACGUAUCUCGAAGCCCAUAAAAUCACAACAGUGAAUAAGAUGGAUCUGGAAAACGCUGAUAAUCCUCUUACCCCCGAGGAGCUAGCAACACUAACAGGAGAAGACUUUUAUACUAAACUAGCCCUAUCAUUAGCUCCUGAGAUAUAUGGUCAUAUUGAUGUUAAAAAAGCUUUAUUGCUUUUGCUUGUUGGCGGAGUCGAUAAGCGUCCAGAUGGUAUGAAAAUUCGUGGAAAUAUCAAUAUUUGUUUGAUGGGUGAUCCGGGAGUUGCUAAAUCACAGUUAUUGGGGUAUAUUAACAGAUUAGCAACAAGAAGUCAGUAUACUACAGGCCGAGGUUCCUCCGGUGUAGGUUUAACAGCUUCAGUUAUGAAAGAUCCGAUGACGGGAGAAAUGAUGUUAGAAGGUGGAGCACUAGUACUUGCAGACCAGGGAGUAUGUUGUAUAGAUGAGUUUGAUAAAAUGGCUGACGAAGAUAGAACUGCUAUUCACGAAGUUAUGGAACAACAAACCAUUAGUAUUGCUAAGGCUGGUAUUAUGACAACUUUAAACGCAAGGGUUUCAAUCUUAGCUGCCGCAAAUCCAGCUUAUGGUCGUUAUAAUCCCAAAAGGACAAUAGAACAAAAUAUACAAUUACCAGCUGCUCUCUUAUCGCGAUUUGACUUACUAUGGCUCAUUCAAGAUAAAGCUAACCGUGAUAAUGACUUAAAACUUGCUCAACACAUUACUUACGUUCAUCAACAUAGCAAACAACCCCCAACGGAGGUCGAAGCUUUAGAUAUGAAAGUUAUGAGAAAAUAUAUAGCUAUGUGUAAAUUGAAAGAUCCAGUGAUCCCUGAAGAAUUAACUGAUUUUAUAGUCAAUGCUUACGUGGAACUGAGAAAAGAGGCUCGCAAUAAUGCUGAUAUGACAUUUACUUCAGCGAGAAACCUUUUGGGUAUUUUGCGUCUGUCAACAGCGCUGGCACGUCUGCGAUUAUCUAAUGUUGUCGAAAAAGAUGAUGUUAAUGAAGCAAUUAGGCUUUUAGAAAUGAGCAAAGAUUCUUUGAAACAUACUCUUGAAAAUAGAGGGCAGAGACCUCCAAACGUUAACGAUAAGAUUUUUGCCGUGAUCAGUGAAUUGGCUGGUGAAAACAAAACUGUUAUGGUAAACGCUGCUAUUGAAAAAUGUGCUAGCAAAGGUUACAAUCCGGACCAAGUUAAUGCAUGUAUUGGAGAAUAUGAAGAACUCAACGUAUGGCAAGUCAACCAGACAGGAACUAAACUAACUUUUAUUUAAUGCUUCAAUUUCAGUGACUUUAAUUUUAUAGUAUUUUAGGCACAUCACUAUCUCAACAUUUUUUAAUAAAUAUUUUUUAAUGAA